GGCGGGCGGAUUGAAUCGGACAGUCUGGCUUCCCGUUAAUCAGCUGAGGUAUGUGACGUGAGCAGCCAGACACGUUUUGUUUAGUUCCCACGCGGUCCACGUUUUUAUUAAACGCGUGCUAUACCGUGUAAUAUUUUCAACAUUUGUCUUCAUGAAAACGACUUUUUCGACAUAUUACGAUCUCGAAACGACAUUGCAAGUGGAGACAAUUAUGGGACCCUUUAGAGCGCAUGUGGACGCCCGGCGUACUCACGACAACAUGCCCGGGCUUGUCUGAUCUUCUGGGCCGGUUGACAGCACUUCCGCGCGACCAUCAUGGACAACACAUUUCCUCGUCAACUUUUUCCACAUUUGUAUUUUGAUGGACCGCCUGACGUUCAGACGAAGCACAAUUAUGGAGGCUGGGGUUCAUACGAGCGCGUGCUUGCUGUUGGUGCUGGGCUGUGUGAUGCUGAACAAUCAUCGACCCAUCCUGAGUUUGAAUCCCAGCACACUGUGAGCGGGGAGGAAUGGGUGCCGGUCAGACCAGCGGUUACCCCUUUAAUGCCAGCAUUUGAAGGUGCCAAAGUCACAUCUGUUGAUCUACCAGAUCCAAUGGAUUUUCCAGAGCAUAUGCAUUAUUUCUACCAGCAUUACUGUAUGGACGCAUUCUCCACGAUGGGACAUUUGCUCUACGAUAACUUCUCGUUCAGAAAUAAACGGGGUUUUAUGCCAAUGAAGUGGUCUAGAAAGUUUAUAAAAGGCUUGAGUUAUAAAAGGUGCGAGUACGGACAUUACUUGAAGAGGAUCCGUCGUUUGCACUAUCUUCUCAGGGAUAUUGUGAGCGAUGUUCCUCCAUCUCUCCUUUCCUCGCUCCUCUAUGAAGAGCUGAGUUCUCAGAGGGAGCAGAAGGAGUUCAGUUCAGAUUCCACAGGGGGCGCUCUAGGAUAUGUGCCCUUAUAUGAGAACGGGGGCUGUCUGGUCUAUCCCGGUGGAGUCCGGAUGGACAAACUCUUUUUCCACAGUGUGGUGCAACAGUCUAAUGAUGACAAGCCUCCUAGUUUUGUCAUGCAACCCAAACCUUUUGAGUUUUCUUUGAAUGGAACUAUUCGACAGCUCAGUGUGGGCAAUAUGGAGGAUCAAGGUAAUGUGGCUGUGCGGUCGGAUUAUUUCUGUUCCGUGUGGGUCCUAGGAAUUAAAAGGAGGCCUCUGUUAGUGGACGUCAUCCAGGCAAAAGAUCGCUUCACCUGCGUCACCGCCAGUCCACACCUCCCAAAUGAGCUUUUGGUGGUCAAUGAGUGGGGAGCAGCAUAUCUUUGGGAUGCGUAUAAAGGAUUGCAGAAGUUCCGUGAAGAACAUUCCAACCUGUACUUCAAUGCUAAAUCACCAUGGCGAUGGUGCGAGUUCUCCUGUCACCCGAGAGUGAUGAUCUAUGCUGACAGAACAGGGGCGGAGCUUACAGACAUAAGGAGUGAUAAUUGCUCUUACACAUUGUUCCGGAUUGGAAAGACACCAGGUUGUUUGUCAGGAGAGCGAGUGUUACUAUCCAAGUACCUGGGAAAAAACAAUGCCAACCACCACCUCAUUAAUACCCAGUUUUCCACUUACCUCAUGGAUGAGCGCGUUCCCAGUGUUCCCAUGCUGAAAUGGAACCAUAUGAUGGAGUCUCCGCCAGUAUUUGCCUGCGGUCUGCCAGCACAGACUCCAAGCCAAACCAGCAAAUUGCUGCUUGGUUCUCAGAGGUCACAGGAAAUCGUGCUACUGCAAUACAAGGGUGGGAGAGAGCAAGCCUGUCAGACUCAGGGACCCAUUCAGAGGCUUUUUAGUCCCAAAGAGAGUCUGAGGCACCUAGACCUUCAGCUACCCCACAAGAAACACCUCGCUGAGGAGAGACUGAGCGUAGCUAUUACAGGUUUUACUGCUAUACAGAAAAAGGACUACCUGUCCGUUUUUCAGCUUACAGAUACUGGAGAUGUCUUUUUCCAAACGUUGAAACUGCACAAAGAUCAGACUACUACCAACAAGGACAUCCCAGAACAAGCUGUCCAGUCCUGCGCCAACAGUGACAGCCAAUCUUCUCAGAGCGACUCAGAGAUUGAGGGAUAUCAGCGUGCAGAAACUAGAGACGGCUUUUUUCAAACAUCGAAUCUGCUACCAAAUCAAACCCAGACCAACAAGGAUGUCCCAAAACAAGCUGUCAGUGUGGAACGUACUGUAGAAACUGGAGAGAGCCUUAACUUCCAGUCCCACGCCAACAGUGGCGGCCAAUCUUCUCAGAGCGACUCAGAGACUGAGGGGCGGCAAACGUCGCUUGGUAAUUUAAUAAUAAAUGACAAUGUUAAUAAUGAUCACUUGAAUGCUUCGGAUACCAAUAAAGACCCAUUAAGCAGUUCUGUUGGGAAUAACCCAACUUGCUCUACCAGACCAAGCAUCCCAAAGAAGGAUCCUGAUCUCCAGGUUGCAUGGAACAAAUGGUUUGAACCCAUUUUUAAAAAGGCUUCAGAAAAAAAACACUCUUAUUUUCGACAGAUAAUAACCGAUGAUUUAAAGGGCUUAAAAGGCAAAAUGCGGUAUAACCUCAUUGAAGAUCGCUCGGCAAGACUGAGGAGAGACCUUCAAGAGGUCAUGAGGAAGAAAGAGUUACUCUCGCAUGGGGUUACGUACCUGCCUCACCUGGACGUGAUGUCAGUUCCCGAUCCUGUUGACACCAACAAUUGGGGCGACGAUCUGAGCCAGCGCUUGGCUGCAGCGUGGGAGGGCGAUUGGAAUCAGUGGUGGGAGGAGAAGCUGGGAUUAAACCGGGAAAAGAAAAUUGCGGCUCUCCGUAGAAAACGUCAGAGAGCGAAGAUGGCCCGAGCUCGGCGUCGCAUGUCGCUUUCUGGAAGCUUCGACACGUCUAUAAGUUACCAAGAAAGCGUUUUGGGUUGGUCAUCGGCGGCGAGCCAGUUUCAGAGUUCUGAUGAUGAGACUUUGCAAAAAUCUCAAGACAUGGACAUGGAGGAAUGGAGGUCCAGACCUGAGAUACAAAAAAAGAGCCCGGUCAUACUGAGACGGUUUUUAAAUGAUCAGUUUACUGUGGAAGAACCUAUCAGAUCUCCUCCACAAUCUCCCCAGAGAAGGUGUGAUGAAGACCUUUUGACAUCUUUGUCAAAAUCUCCAUCUUCCUUUCAGGUUGAACGACCAGUCUCUGGCACCUCUAGUAUUGCAGAAGGGAUGGAUUCAGGGCCUCGUUCAGCAUCACCCACCUCGACUCGGACGCCAGUUAGCCAAUUGAAACGGCGCAAGGAGUCUUUCCUUAAUUCUAUUCCCACUUCCCAGACAUUUUCUCAGAACUCUGCACCGGAUGAUGGAUUUUCUUUGUCUCAAGUUCACCUUUCUACACCAACUCCAUCGUGCAGGAUCUCCUUGUCUUCCCAGAGACUUUCCCAAUUCAAAAGCUCCUCACAGGCCUCCAAGACAAAAAAGAAGUCUAGAAUGGGCUUCUAAAAAUCUGGCUUCGAUCAAGGAAUGCUGCAAGGUGAUCUGUUUACCUCUCGCUCUCGUCCCACGCGCCCUCUGGAAUAGUGGGUAGCUCUGGGAUGCUGCGGUAGCUGCUGUGCAAGUUCUGCGCUGUCCUCCGCGAGACAAUCCAUACCAGUUUCUUGUGGUCGGGUUUGGCACACUCUGGAGAGGAGUACUCCCUCAUACACUGGUCUACGAGGCCACGCCAGUGCGCCAGGUCAGCCUUCGAGAUCUGAGUAGGGCAACAGACACUGCUGCAUUAGACACCAGCUUACAUAAGGACAGGGCACUGAGCCAGCGCAAUUUCAGAUGGGACUGACAUGUGUAAAACGAUAGUCUGCUGGCUACCAGGACACUUUAAGUGCGUUGGAUUUUUCCUACACCAAUGGAUGUUUAAGUACUGUUGAAACUAAAGGGAUAUUUAUAAUAAAAUGUUUGAUUAAACUAGUUCUACUUUA